GGAUGAGACGUGUUUGACAACACAUGCAUGGAUUAGCCAUCCAGUGUCGCUACUUAAUUAGACACAAAGUUCUAUAUAUUGACUGGACUUAUCAAUGAUGAUUUAGUACUCAGUCGAGCGGAUCGUUGUUUUCUCUCAGUAGUGUACGCGAAAGCUUCAACCCUUGAUUAACAUCUGUUUCCUUGCUCAAGGAAAUGUGAAACAAAUAAGCUGGUAUUAAAAGCAGAGUAGUGAAAGUUAGAAAAAAAGCACCUACCAUGACAUCCACAAAGACGCAGAAUGGUAAAAGCGCCCCCUCUGAUGCGGAGAGGGGAGCUAACCGCACCCUGUACGUGGUUUUCCUGUCGUUGGUCAUUGACCUGCUGGGAUUCACCCUCAUCCUUCCUCUCCUACCCUCCAUACUGGACUACUAUGGAACUAAACAGGACACAUUGUACCAAUCCAUCAAGGACUCGGUGACAGGCUUCAGGGAGCUGGUAGGGGCACCUGACACCCCCCGAUGGAACUCGGUCCUUUUCGGGGGAGUGAUAGGGUCCCUUUUCUCCAUGUUGCAGUUUUUAGCCUCACCCAUAAUGGGAGCGGCGUCAGAUGUCUAUGGAAGAAAACCCGUCCUUGUCAUUUCCAUGAUAGGAGUGGCUGCUUCCUAUGCCCUGUGGGCCGUCUCUCACAACUUCACCCUGUUUGUCAUCGCCCGCAUUAUUGGGGGGCUCAGUAAGGGGAAUGUCAGUAUAUCUACCGCGGUCAUAGCUGACAUAUUCCCCCCGGAGAAAAGAGGAAAAGGCAUGGCCUUUGUAGGUGUGGCUUUUUCUGUCGGAUUUGUCUUUGGACCAAUCAUUGGGGCCGUUUUCUCACGCUAUGCCCGGGACCAGCAGGAAGUCUUCUACACGGUCCCUGCCCUGUUUGCUCUCGCUCUCGCUGUGAUAGAUAUUAUUUUUGUUCUCAUGUUCUUCAAAGAAACACUGCCAGAUAAUAAACGGGCUAAGUCCAUUUCCUCUGGCUGGCAGAAUACCUCCCACCUUAUCAACCCAGUGUCCCUCUUCAGGUUCUCCUCAGUCACAAACACGGCCGCAAGAGAUUUGUCUGCCAUGCAGAAGAUUGGAGCUGUGUAUUUCCUCUAUCUUCUGCUGUACUCAGGACUCGAGUUCACCUUGACCUUCCUCACUCACAACAGGCUCAACUAUGACAGCAUGCAGCAAGGAAAGAUGUUUUUCUUCCUGGGAACAAUUAUGGCCCUUGUGCAGGGGGGAUAUGUCAGAAGAAUACCAGCAGGAAAAGAGGUCAAGAUAGCUACCAUGGGUAUGACUCUCCUGAUCCCAGCCUUUGUAUUCAUGGCCUUCGCUCACAGUGCCAGCAUGAUGUACAUUGGUCUCACUCUGUUUGCUUUUGCAUCAGCCACAGUGGUGCCAUGUCUUACCACACUGAUCUCAGGAUUUGGAGGCACGAAUCAGAAAGGGGUGGUGAUGGGGGUGUUCCGGUCCCUGGGGGCACUGGCAAGGGCAUUCGGUCCGGUCCUAUCCAGCAUAGUGUAUUGGAGCUGUGGGGACAAGGUUUGCUACAUAUCGGGGGCAGUGCUUCUCAUCAUUCCUUACAUCAUGCUCAGGAAGAUCAAAGGCUCCUCCCACUCUGCAUAACAAGGCUUCUGAUUGGACAGAGGCUAUUUAUAUGUUUCAGCAAAGUAGAUCCUUACUUAUAUACAUGUACAAUAUAACAGUAUGAAAGAUUGGACCACUACACAUAACUUUUAACACACUCCUUUGAUUGGUCAGCAGCUUAUAUUUGUUUAGUCACAAUGUUUCUUAUUGGAUAUAUAAUGAAAUUAAACUGCAAUGAAAUCAUAUAAUCAUUUUCCAUAUUGAAAAAAAAUCAAAUGUUGUCCAGAGCAUAUGGACAGCAUUUUCUAAUAUCAGAAAUGUUUGUUGUGAUGACUGUCAAAACCAAAUGUUGGGAUAACAUUUACAGACUUUUUAUAUUGAAUUAAUAUUCAUUCUAGUAAAUAUUAAUUUCUGCAUUUCAAAAAAAACAAUAUUUUUAGAAGAUGAUCAUUAUUAGGUUAAUUUUUUUUUGUUGCCAUGUACUUAAGAAAUAAAAGUAAACGCACAUUUUUAUUGAAAAAAAAAUUCUACAAGACAAUUUAUUGAUAUUAUCAAUCUAAUCAUUAUUUUUUCAUUUAAAUAUAGUUGGCUUUGUCUAUUUUUUUCCACAAGUUGUCUUAUGCACCAUAUACCAUGUUAACACUUAUAUUGAUGUAGAUAACAGUUCAAAGUGUCUCAGCUUAUCAGAGAUGAGAUCAAGCUGCUGAAUUUUGAAAUGUACUUAAUGCAUUAUUCAUUUACAUGUACAUGAUUAGACUAAUUAAUUAGUUCUUUAGAAUUUAGCAUUUAUUUUUAUCCUUAUGUACAGCAUUAAUUUUCUUAGCCUACCUUUAUCACAGAGAACCAUGUUACACUUUGCUGGCUCAAACAUGGCAUGGUUUUCAAUUCCUUGAAAUAUGUACUCAGACUGUCAUUUUUUAUGGAGAAUCCUCUAAAAUCCAGGGAAAUUUAAGGAUUAUGUAAAAGUACCUUUAUUUAAAAAAAAAAAAUUCUGUACAUUACAGUUCCUGCUUAAAAACUUAUGAACUGUUUGAAUAAUGAAAGAAUAUAAAAGUGAUGUCCUCAGACAUGGCUGCAUAAGGGAAAUAACUCUUGCUUAAUUAAAUUGUAAUCAUUAUGUUAGUUGCGUUUAAAGACCACAUUUAUUUAAAACAUCAUCCAAAUUUACUUUAAUUAAGAAGAAUUUGAAUGUCCUUUGAUUUGGAUGCAUAUGAUUAAGAUUAAUAAUUCAGCAUUCAACUUUAGUUGAACCGUUGACAAGGUAUUUGUGAUCACAACUAUUAAUGUAUUCAAUUGUUAUGGUUGACUUAAGAAAAUGGAUAUUUUUUUAUUUGUAAGUUUUAUAUUGUUGGUUCUUUGAUAUUUUAUGAUCAUAGUUUACAUGACAUUUAUGUCUGUAUUUAGGAAAAUGCAAAUAUUUUACUGUUAUUACUUAUAUGCACUUGAAUUGUACACUGUGACUUAAGAUUAUGCUAAUAUCUAUAAAGAUGUUAAUGAAUAUGCAUAUUAAGAUGGUGCUAUGGAUGAAUAACUGCUGCAAUGAAUUUUGAUGCUGUUUGUUAAAGUCUUUGAUAGGUGUAUGUGUUUAAUGAUUAUAUUUUUCCUAAUUAUUUGAUACAUUCAUUUGAUAACAAUUGUGAUUUUAGAUUUUCUUUGAUUUAUAAUUUUUUUGUACCAAAUUGUUUGGGAUGUGGUCAUAAAAUGUUUUUAUUAUAAGCUUUACUUUCAAAUUAAAGUCUUUAUACUAACAGUG